GGUAUCCCAACCUUAUAUCACGAGAGUAUCCCCCAACCUUAUAUUAUGAGGGUAUCUCCAACCUUAUAUCAUGAGGAUAUCCCCAACCUUGCUCAAUCAAUGCAAUUCGCUCUCGAUGCAAUUAACAUGGACACCGCUGUUCCUCCACCUUACAUUCAAGAAGCUGAAAGACCUCAAGAGAGAGCUAAUAAUUUCCAGGUUAAUCCUCAGAUGAAUGUCACUCCUCAGGUUAUUCCUCAGAUGAAUGUCACUUCUCAGGUUAUUCCUCAGAUGAAUGCCACUCCUCAGGUCGUCCCUCAGAUGAAUGCCACUCCUCAGGUUGAUCAUCAGGUGAAUACCACUCCUCAGGUCGUCCCUCAGGUCGUCCCUCAGGCUAAUCCUCAGACUAAUACUCAUGAUACCUCUCAGACUAACGCUCCU